AGGUUGCCAUAAGAAUGUGAGCUUCGUCAUUCCGCCGUUCUGUGCGAGCUCGUUGAACGGGAGGAACAGAGCCGAGCGGAAACCUCUUCGUCUUUCCUUAGCUACAAUGGCCACUGUUCCUGACCCUCUCCUAUGGGAGAUUGUGAAGAAAAAUAAUGCCUUUCUCGUGAAACAGUUUGGUAAUGGUAACGCCAAGGUGCAGUUUAGUAAGGAGAAGAACAACCUUUAUAAUGUUCACUCAUUUAAGUUCUCCGGCUUGGCAAACAAGAAGACCGUAUCCAUUCAGCCUGCUGGAAAGGAUCUCUCUGUUGUCCUUUCUACCACGAAAAAGAACAAGCAGAAUAAACCAAGUCUUGUUUCCCACAGGUCAAUUCUGAAGAGAGAAUUCCGAAAGGUGGCGAAAGCAGUCAUUAAUCAGGUAUCAGACAACCAUUAUAGGCCUGAUCUGAAGAAGCCAGCUCUUGCCAGGCUCAGUGCAGUCCGUCGAAGCCUCCAAGUCGCAAAGUCCGGCCCAAAGAAGAGAAACCGACAGGCACAGAAAGUGAAGAUUAAUUAGUUAUCUUCAUUAAGGUCUGUCACCUCCUAAGCCUUGUUUUUCAUCUUUAAAAAGACCAGCUAUUUUCCAAUUUGAGAGAGAUUUUGUGGUUAUAAAUCAUUUUAAUCCUCCUGUUUUGUGAACUUAACCAAAUUUGAUAUUUGCUCAAUGUUUUUUAAUUGCUCUGGCAUUUUUUAGAUCUGGACAAAUGCUCAAUUCAUGCUGUAUUUCUGCGUCUUUCGAGGAAAUAUUAUGUGUGGAUAAUAUACGUGUAAAUUGGUGAUAUUGUGGUGGUAUUUCCGCACCUAUCUUAUCCCAACGUAAUGUAAUAUUUCUGCU